AUCAAUACAAUAUGUUGAUGUUUGUUCAUUCUCCAGGUUGCAGACUGAAUCAACAGACAGUGUAUGUGACUGGAAUCGUGGGACAGUCUGUCCUUCUGCCCUGCUCCUGCUCUGAACUACAAGCCAAACCACACACUUUCAGAUGGAGAUUUUAUAAAGGAUCUGAUGACAUAAAGAUCUUCCCAAAGGAGCAGACAAAUCUCUACACAGACAGAGUUCAGGUCUUUAAUGAUCAUCCUCCAGGAAAUCUCUCUCUACUCAUAUCACACCUGACAGUAGAGGAUGGAGGAUUGUACAGGUGUGAGAUCAACAACAAAAUCACUACAGACAUCUACCUUACAGUGAAAGAUUCUCCUAUCUACUUCCCUGUUGCCGUGGUAACUGUGAUCUUUUUGCCCAUUGUCGUGGCUGUGGUUUAUUGCACCACCAGAAAGAAAGGUUCUGGUACAGUCCAUUACAGCAAAGGUGAUGGAGAGGAAACAGUGAGUCUGCAGUAGAGAAGAAUUCAAUUCACUGAUCCAUCAAGAAAUUAAUCAAGAGAUUUGUUCAGAAAUAUCCCUGCAUAAAUAGUUUAGUAAAUUCAUUAGCUUCAUUUCUUAUUCACGGUUUGUUCUCUCCAACCGUUUUAGACUUUCAGA